AUGACCUUCGUGUAUGGAGAUCCGGUGACAGAACACCGAGAACAAGUAUGGGAACGACUACAUGAGAUAGGCAUGAACAGGAUAGGAGCUUGGUUCAUGGCAGGCGACUUCAAUGCGAUAGUUGGAAACCACGAAAAACGUGGGGGAAGAAAAAGAUCAGAAACCUCCUUUUUGCCUUUUAAAAAGCUCCUUGAAAAUUGCGAGAAGAAGAGCUAUACUGGAAACAAAAAAAGCAGAGCCAAUUGGCUUAAAGAGAGAGACCGGAAUACUAAAUUCUUCCAUGCCACUACUAAACAGAGAAGGGCUCGGAAUCGUAUUACCAAGCUAAAAGGGUCAAACGGACAAUGGAUAGAGAAUGAGGAAGGCAUCGAGCAAACAGCUACAGCUUAUUUCCAGAACCUUUUCACCACGUCCAACCCCUCCGAUUUUGAUGAAGCUCUCCGAUAUAUCACUCCCAAAGUUUCAUCAUCGAUGAACUUAGCUUUGACACAACCUCCUUCAAAUGAAGAGAUAAAACAAGCCAUUGCAAACAUAAACCCAGACAAAGCCCCAGGUCCGGAUGGCGUGACUAGCUUGUUCUUUCAAAACUUCUGGGAUGAAAUAGCUACGGACGUGAUCCACAUGGUUCAAGAUUUCUUUUCCAAACCAGAUUUUGAUCCUCGGCUGAACCAGACCAACAUCUGCCUGAUUCUAAAGACAGAACGCCCAAGAGAUAUGACAGAAUUUAGGCCAAUCAGCCUCUGCAACGUAAGCUAUAAAAUAAUCUCGAAAAUCUUAUGCAAUAGAUUGAAGAGAUUCAUCCCGACAAUAAUAUCGGAGACACAAUCGGCCUUUGUGGCUCGACGUUUGAUCACAGACAAUAUUCUUAUUGCACAGGAAGCUUUCCAUGCCUUACGUACUAAUCCCAUGUGUAAGACAAAUUUUGUAGCAAUCAAAACCGAUAUAAGCAAGGCAUAUGACAGAGUAGAAUGGGGAUUCCUAGAAGCCCUUAUGAUCAAGAUGGGUUUUGACAAAAAAAUGGGUAACGUGGAUCAAGCAAUGUAUAUCAUCGGUGUCAUACCAAGUCCUCCUAAAUGGAGAGGCAAAAGGAUGUAUAAACCCAACUAG